AUGGAAUCUAAUCAUGCUCGUGAGGUUGAGGAGUUCAAACAGCUUAUAAAGAAGGAAUUAACACCCAAUCCAUAUAUUUACGAUAUCCCAGAACCUGGAGAACGCUUUGAGUGUAUAGUGGAUGAAUUAGAACAGAAAUCAGCAGAGAGGUGGAUUAAGAAAUAUAUAAAAGAUUUACGUGAUGCACCGAAAAAAGAUGAAGCCAUUAUCUCCCAUUUAUGGAAAAAUGCUACUACUCAUGCUGAAAAAAUAUGUUCUGGUAUUAGCAAAGCUGGCAUAAUCAGGCCUCCAGACGCCUCUACUAGGUAUAAUGAUUAUUUUAAUGCAUUAGAUAAAAUUGCAGAUUCUAUUCGUUUGAAAUUAUCAGAUCUACUUUCAGAAUUGUCUAAGCUUAAUGUAGAAUAUAGAAAUGGAUUAUAUAAAUUAGUUAUACAGGAACAAAAAUGCAAGACUGAUAUUACGAUUUUAGAAGAAUAUAUAUUUCGAUAUAAUUUGGAAUCAGAAUGUGAAGCAUUAAUAGAUUUCUGGAAUAUAUGGUAUAAAGUAACUGGUCUUGAGAUUGCUCGUUUCCAAGUAUUAUCUAUUAUGCAAAACGGUAAAAAAGAUGACCCAUCAGAAGCAGAUAUUGACGAGAUUGUCGACCUAUAUUGUUAA